AUGAAACAGUACCGCUGGUUAGACCGGUUCAAAUCCCGGUCGAAUUCACUAACAGCCAUGACACCUGAAUAUGAUUAUUUGUUUAAGCUUUUGCUAAUUGGGGAUUCUGGUGUUGGCAAAUCAUGUCUGCUUUUGAGAUUUGCUGAUGAUUCCUAUCUGGACAGUUACAUCAGCACAAUUGGAGUUGACUUUAAAAUUCGCACGGUGGAGCAAGAUGGAAAGACAAUUAAACUUCAAAUUUGGGACACUGCAGGACAAGAACGGUUCAGGACAAUUACUAGCAGCUACUACCGUGGGGCACAUGGCAUCAUAAUAGUAUAUGAUGUGACAGACCAAGAGAGUUUCAACAAUGUUAAGCAGUGGUUAAAUGAAAUUGAUCGAUAUGCAAGUGAAAAUGUUAACAAGCUUCUGGUUGGGAACAAGUCUGACCUCACUGCCAACAAAGUUGUUUCAUAUGAAACAGCUAAGGCAUUUGCAGAUGAAAUUGGUAUUCCGUUCAUGGAAACUAGUGCAAAAAAUGCUUUCAAUGUGGAGCAAGCUUUUAUGGCCAUGGCUGCUGACAUCAAAAACAGGAUGGCAAGUCAACCUGCAGCAAACAAUGCAAGGCCACCCACUGUGCAGAUACGUGGACAACCCGUUAGCCAGAACUCCGGCUGCUGCUCUUCUUAG